UUGUCUUAGCUUUCUUGAAGCGGCCAAAGUGCAGGAAAUGGAUGAGAACCAAGUUGGUGGAUUAUCCACAGCACGAAGCAUUAGUUAAAUAAGGUUGCGCAAUCGACGCAUACGUGUAUUCAUUAGGUUCAUCAUCUUUCUCAGAUGCUCCUUAUUUUAGGGGUGCACAUUCUAAAUUUCAAACAGAACCAGCAAUCUUCCCAGCAAUGACUUCCCCAACAGAGACCAAGAUCCUCGUCUCAUCCCGUGAGAUUGCAGAGAGUGACCGUCUGAAGAGUCUGUACCCAACGGUCAUCCUUGCAUCUGCCGUUUCUGGCAGCGCUACCAUGAUCAUGUUGCUUGGUAGAUCGGCAACAACCGCCUCGGUCUUGAACGAUGUCUCAACGUGUCUCCUCGUCAGCUCCGUCAUCACGGCAGUCUUUACAGCAAUGAUAACAAUCAUGCUUUCGUUCGAGUUCCAGAGCAGCCAUGAACCCACCCGGAUGCGUCGAGCAACGGCAUGGGUGCCGAUCUUCUUUUUCGAUUUUAUGUUAUUCGAGUUGGUCCUUGGUCUAGUUUUUUGGUUUACAGCUGGACAUGCCUGGCAGUUUGCUGCUCUUCUCGGCCUAGUAUCCGGAUCACUUUUCAUGGUAACGGCAGCUGUAGCUGUGUGGAUGACAGUAAAGGCCAGCCCGUUGGGUUGCCUGGGGAAACGAUUAUAGACAGAGUCUGAAGUUUGACUCUGUCAAUUUUUCGAUCAGGGACCUCAACUACCUAUGGAACCACCUGAUAAAGGACAGCAUGCAGCAUUGGCCAGAAUUGUAUUAUGCAGUACUACAGACCCCACUAAGAAGCAGAUAAGACCUU